AUAAUUUUGUAAUCGAAUGCCCCCUUUUCACGCAUGCGCGUCAACCAAUCGGAAAUGGCUGCGAGGAGGAUGGCAUUCGCAAGCUUUUUCGGUAGUAAACAAAAAACAUUUCGUCCAAGGAAGCGGGGUAUAUUUGAGGAGGGGACACUCAAAUUUCGACUGCACAAGCAAGCUAAUGCCUCGCUGAAUUCUGGUAUUGACCUGCAGGAGGUAGUGAAGCUCCCACCGGGAGAGGAUCGGUGUGACUGGAUAGCUGUCCACGUGGUGGACUUCUUCAACAGAAUCAACAUGCUGUAUGGCACGCUGUGUGAAUACUGUACUGAACAGACCUGUCCAACCAUGUCUGGGGGACCAAAGUAUGAUUAUUACUGGUGCGAUGGUAUAAACUACAAGAAGCCCACAGCUCUUCCAGCUCCAAAGUACAUCUCCAAUCUAAUGGAAUGGGUAGAGGAACAGAUCAACGAUGAAAACAUAUUUCCAGUAAAAGUUGGUGUGCCAUUUCCUAAGAACUUCACCCCCACAGUAAAGAAGAUCCUGACACGAUUGUUCCGAGUCUUUGUCCAUGUGUAUAUCCACCAUUUUGAUAAACUACUCGCGCUAGAAGCGGAAGCUCACGUCAACACAUGCUACAAACACUUCUACUACUUCAUCAAGGAAUUUGAACUGGUGGAAAAGAAGGAGCUAGAACCACUACGAGAAAUGACGGAAAGGAUAUGUCACUAACAGACUAUGAAGAAACACAGAAGGCAAGUUAGAGUAAUUAUAUGCUGACUCCGGAUCCCCUUGUGUUGGGGAGGGACCGGCAACCCAGGGUAAAGAUGGGGAGACUGAGUUUGUGGGACAAGCAGGAGCCAAACAAAGUCAGGAAUAGCAGAUUGAUACAGCUCCAUCACAGACUUCAUAACAGCGCAGGGAUUUAUAUCGACUCAUCCCCAUUAUCAUCAUCAUCAUCAUCAUGACAUCGGUUUGAACGUUUAUGGGUGUUCAGUGCACAGUAGCAUGAUGUUUGCUCCUCUGAAGUCCAGAUAGAUAAACCUAUAGUCUACCUUUGUGUGGAAUAAGGCUAAUGCCAAAUAUCUGAUGAUUUGACAUAUAUAAUUCUGUUUCCUGUGUAAAUUGAUUAUGAUGUCGUAAUCUCUACAGUUAGGACGUUGUUGACCUUGACGAUAGGUCAGUGGACAAUUACGGAUUGCGAUUAUUUUUGUUAGAUUGUUAGCUGUCAAAUUUGUUAUCAAAUUUACAAUAUACACACCUUGGUAUGUUUUUCAUUGCCCCUCAUUGUAAAGUCGUAUAUGUCAUGUUCAUUAUUAUCAGGGAUGCAUUCAGAAGCAAAUAAUUUACAAGCAUUAGUGCUCUGUGAUUGGCCACUUUAAAAUCUAAACUACAACUGGAUUUUCUUUAAAUAUUGCAGCAUAUUUUCAAUUCGGAAUGCAAUCCAGAUUUUGCAAAUCUAACUUAAAUCUAGGUUUUCAAAGACAAUAUUCUUAUUUUGGUUACACAAGUAAACAUAAAAUGUUUAUGUAAUAUAACUUGCUUGGAAUGUAGAAAAUGUAGACAUUAUGCAGGGCAUACAGUUGACACUUGAGAGUAUGUUUUUGAAGCCCCUAAAUUGAGAUCUGACUCUUAGAUUUGAAGGGAUUAUUUGACAUAUGUUGUUUGACCCUUCAAAUUUCUGGGAAAUUGUGAUGCGACUUCUGAAAUUGCUAAAAGUAAAGGGUCAACUGGAUGCCUUGUAUUAUAUAUUAACAGGGGUUAAUCUAGGAUUUGGGGAAUACUACCCGUUAUGAAUUUUGGGCAAAUGAAGGGCCGCAGUGUCUUGAAUUAUUCUUUAAACUUUAUCAUUUUACAGCCUUUUUUUGCUAUAAUUCUUACAUAUUGGCUGUUGUUCCCUGUUUUGGAGAUUGACUGAAUUUCCCCCUGUUUUAGGGGAUUUUUCUUGAUGGGAAAUUUGUUUUAAUUCAAGGGGAAAACACCAUCUGUGGGGAAUACUACCUAAUUUCGGUAGUAAAAUCAGUUUAGAUUAACCUCCAAAAUAUAUAACAUUUUUGUAUGAGUUAAAAUUCUGCUUGAUGUUGCUGGUUAUUCGCCUUCUAUGGAAUAUGUAGAGCUAUUUCCUAUAUCUAUUCCAUAAAAGAAUGAGAAUAACUCGCACAUGAUUCUGUAUAUUCAGCCUAUGCAUAUUAAGUGGUUGUAGUAAGGACAGUUUUUUGUUACUUUUUCUAUUAAAAACACAAAAUCUUCAAAUACAUCUUUAAGUCAUGUACAUAAAAGCAUUGAUCAUUGAUGUAUAUGUACACUGUAAAUAGUUCUCUCUCUCUCUCUCUCUCAAAAAAGUUAAUAUCUACAGAUUUUUGAUGUGAAAAUUAAAAAUAGGAUUUGAAAAUUGCUUCAAUUAUAAGUACCGUCAGUUAUUACAAGGUCAGUAUAUAGAAAACAUUUCACAUAAUCAUCAUCAUAAGUUGUUUUGCUUGCUAUUUAGUUUAUAUCCAUGUUAAGUUUUCACAAACUCCCAUGCAAGAAUGUUCAGAAUUUAUUUUUUAUUUUUUUUAUUAUGAGGUUGAUAUUUUUUCAUUCUUAUAUAUUACUUCAUUCUUAUAUAUUUCAAUGUUAACAACUUCAGCUUAAUGCAAAAAGGCCGAAUUGCAAAUAUGUUUAACUUUCUGCUUCUAACUUUUCUGUUUAUUUUUAGUAUCCAUGAUGGCUGCCAUUCCUAAUUUUGAUUAAUAUUGUUAUGAAUUAUGUUACUCGUUUGUUAAUAUCCGUUCUUGCUGGUCCAAGUUAUUUAAAUCUCUGCUAAAUUUUGUCGACCUACAGGAUACAUUCAUGUUGUCAUUAGUUCUACAAAAUUUCAGAUGAUUAAAGUGCUUUUAAUAUGCUUCGACUUAUUUGUACAUUUUAUUGUUCUUUUCUAUUGUCUAUAACAUGUCUAAAUGACAUGCUAUCUAUAAUAUCAAUUAUGUGUAAGUAUUUUCAUAUACCCAAGUUCUGGUCAAUUUGGACAUCAGAUUAAAGAAUUGACUUAAAAUUGAAGGUACUACUGCUAAUUAUACAAAUGGAAUGAAGAAAAUUGGAGAUUUUAUACAAGCUUGCACAAUUGGAUAACAUAUCAUUUUGAGCAUAUAUAGCUAGACUUUGUUUUAUCUACCUUCAAUUUUUUUUUCUUCUUUUCUUUUCAAAUUGUAAAAGAAUCCAAACAUUGGUUCCACUUGAUUCGAGAAUUUCCUACAAUUUGUAAGAUACUGAACCUUAAUAAUAUACCGUAUAUGAAUUUAACUUUAAUUCAUAGGAUCUAUGAUAUUUUCUCACAAAAAUAUUGUCUGUUGUAUUGUAUUUAUGUUACUCCCGGUAUACAUCGUGUGAAGAAAAAUGGUGUGAAACUUGAUUUUACCUUAAAUGCUGGUAUUAUGCAAGAAAUGUGUUUUUUGUAUGUUUAAAAUCAGUAGGCGAUUAUUGUUGGUACAAUAAUAUUGAAUUGAUUAUAAGAGUGAAAACAAACAAAGGUUUUUUCUGUAUUCAUAUACAUGUGAAUGUAUUCACCUUGAGAGCCAUAUCCCCCAAAACUGGACAUAUUUUUUUCACGUGGAAAUCGUAGAUCCCAUGACUAGGUAGAUUGGUUAAAUUUCUCGUUACUAAGGUAGAUAAUCCAGCGAAGAAAAAUUUGAAAUUUUCUAGUCACACUUCCAAAGUUAAUUUAUAAGUUACGAACAAAUCUGUAGUGGCUUUGUAAAAUAUUGAAUAUGCAGUAGAAUACAGACAGAGUUUGUUUGUUUAUUUGUUUGUUAUGAAAAUAUUGUAUGUCUUGCCAUAGUUUGCAAAUGAUCAUAUGGACUGAAUCUAAUUCAUUGUAAAUACAGUGUACAUUGUUUUGUCUAUCAUUUCAUAGAUAUGCAUUGAAUAGAAGAUAAGAUAACUUUGUCAAAUAUGUUUUUUUUCUAUAGUAAAGACAAAUUUAAUGUUAGAUUAUGCAAGAUUUGAAUAUACACAAGAUUCCCAUUAUACAAGAUAACAGAAUUUUUUUUCAAGCGGACAGUUGAAGAAUGAAAUAUACUUAACUACACGUUUCUGAUUCUAUUCUUUAUUAAGGCUUGAAGCUACUAACGGACAAUUGAAGUAUGAAAUGUAAUUAUCUACAGGUCUCCAGUUCUAUUCGUUAGUAAGCUUAUUUUUCUAACUUGAUGUUCUACUAGCUAAUAGUUACACAAUGUGUAAAGUCAGGCUGAAAUUCAAUGUAAAUAUUUUGUAGUAUAUUAUGAUUUUUUUAUGUUUAUUUUCUAUACUUUAACACUUUACAAUGAUUUUAUUUUUUAUGAUCUGUCUCAUAGAAGUUUCCAAUUCCAACCGAAAACUCAAAACAUUCAGUUUCAUCAGUAUGGUAUACUUAGACUAGUUUCACUGCUUAAUUUGUAUAUUUAUCUACUUAUUAUAAAAACAAAUAUUAGAGUGUCUAUAAAUAACAAAAAAAAUAAAUUAGAGAUUUUUUCUCAACAUGAAAAACACUAUCUAAUUUGUGUGUAAAGGGACAACUUCAUUUGUUUUAUAAGAAUGAACUACAAAGUGUAUCAGUUAUAGUAGAAACUAUAUAGAACCUUGUAAUAAAUACACAGUAUAAUCAAUUUUAGAACACAUUUCCAGAUUGUAUAUAAAUCUAUGUGUAUGUUUGUGUAAACCCAGACUAUCAUAUAUUCUAUACAUGUAAGGGUAAGUCUUAUAGUGAGAAAAAGACUCGGAUGGCCUAUGUCCGGUCAUUUUGUUGUUAAAUCUAGAUUCUUUAUGAAAUGCCAUAGAAAUCUACAAACUUCCCCAUAAGAUGAUCUCAAACCUGUUUCAGAAUUAUCAGCUAACAAACAUUUGGUACCGAUUACAUAUUUUUUCGUCAUUUUGAUUUUGAACCUUCAACUUUCGAAAAACUAAGAUGAAGAAGGUUCACAACAAAAUGUGAACACAAUCUUUCUGUAAAAUACGAGAAAUAGGAAGGGGAAAAGCUUCCAUGAUUUUGUAUUUCAUGUUUGAAAAUAUGUUCAAGAUAUACAAAGAGGAAGUUUGACACAUGCAUCAGUUGUAUAUAUUGGCAGGACUUGGAAUGUACCGUUUGGUGCCAGCCACAAUUAUCCAGGAAUAGAAUGUUAACUCUGAACAUGAUACUCAUCUUAUAUCCUCCUUUUUUUUGUUCAACAGAGCUUUUUAGUAUUUAUUAUUUAAUUGGCUUACAUUUCAUUUACCUUUCUGUUCAGUCAUUGCCGGAUAAUAAAUUUGUGUGUUAUUUGUUUUCUAAUCUCUUUGAAGUUUUAAACUAAUUUUGACAUCAUCAUCAAUAGACGAUCAUACACAUGUGUCAACAUACUGUAAGCCAACUCAUUUUCGUGUGCGAUUAAUUUUCUCGUAUUUCGCAUACAAAUUUGUAAAAAUCGCCCCGAAAUAGUUUCAAUCACAGAUACAGUUGGCCUUUUGUCACUGUAAAUUGCGAAAUUAGAAUCGCCAUGAAAAUACGUUUGUUUACAGUAAAAUGGAAUUUAUUUUAUGAAUUCAUUAAUUUCAUAUGUCAUGACUGUAGCGAGUGGUAUAUAGAAUUUAAUGAAUUUAAUAACAAGCCAUACAAUUGACAGUAGUGUUAUUUUUGUAACUCAGAUAGAAAUACUUUGAUGCUGCCUCAGCCUCGUACAAACUCCGUUUAUUGGGUAUAGGGAAACUUAAACCCUUUUUGGCUAUUUCGGUAAAAUGUCUGACUAGUAAAUUAGGGAUCUAAGGUUCGAUCCCUGGCAGAGGCACCGAAAAAAUAACGACCUGUGUUAAAUAUUGUUAUACAGGUACUGCCUGGAUAGUUUAAUGGUGCUUUAUAUAGACUUGUUCUAAAUUGGUAACUAUGGUUACGCAUCAACUAUGUAUGUCUUGUCUGGCGGCCAGUACACAUACAGUGUAUGGUUAUGAUUCUGGUGGCUAAGUACAAAAAUGUAUGGUUAUAUCUUUAUAAGAUAAUUUUACAAUACUUGUUUAUUUUUGGUUUAAUACAAUGCCCAAAUUUCUAAUAAAAAAAAUCUUUGUGUACAUUUAGUUUCAAAUGCAAUCAGAUAUGAUUUUUGAAAAUAAUCCAACUUAAAGAUAUAUGCAUUAUAUUCACUGGUAUCACACAUUAUCAAAUUAAAGUGCAAUGUAUAUUGAUGAUUUAUAUAUAAAAGAAAGCUUUUAUGGUUUUAAUCAAAUGCAUUGUCAAUCAGAAGCGAAUUAAUCUGGAGUGCUUUUAUUUGGAGUAUCAGUAUAAUGCUAGUGUAUAUGAAUUGCGUCCAUAUUGGGUUUCGAAAUCCGAAUGCAACAAUGAUACCACAGAUUCACAAGUAACAUACUUCUGGCUUCAGAUGUGUUAAAAACAUGAUUUUGAGGGCCACACCCAUAUCUCUAGUACCAGUAUACUAUGUAUCAUAUUAAUCAGACAAUAAGUCGAUGUCUGGUAAUAAGCCCACCUAUGCCUUAUAUAGUUGAGUAAAAGAUGACCUUUUUUAAAGACUUCAACUGUUUUACAAUUUCCUAAUACUCUGGUCGUAAAUUUCAAUUUUCUAAUGAUAAUUGGGGGUCCAACCCUAUCUGAGCACUAGGAAUUUCAACAUUUCCUAAGUGCAGGGGCCUGUUCUUUUUUGCGGACAAACCGGUUCGUCAGUUUUUAAUGUAAUAUUUCAAACAUAUAUCUCGACGGACCUGCGGAUGUCAGUACAGGCCUUGGAAGUCUUUGUAAAGACUCGUCUGAAAACAAUAUAAAAUCACCAAAAUAUGUUUUAUGGUGACAUACGCAUGUGAACAUGUACUAGUAUGUCUUUGUUUUUUUGUGUAAGAGAUUUUGCUCCAGAGACUGGAUCUCUUGUAAGACCAUUCAAAAAUCUUGUACAUGGUACAGGAGCCUUUAAAGAGCAACACCUCACGAUGGCAAAACUAUUACGUAGACAUUUUCAGAAGCAGAACAAGACAUUUUUAUUACAUUAUGUAAAUGUAGUCUGUUUUGGGAAAUCAUAUAUCUGAGAUAUUUUUUAUCAUGAGGUUUUGGUUUUCCCAAAAUUAAAUGCAGUAGGACUUUUGCUUGGUAGCAAAUGAACAGAGUCGAGAUAUUUUGUGUAAAUCUUUGUGAAAUGAAGUAGUUUGUUACAGGGUUAAAAAAUGUGCACUCAAGUUAUAGUUUAUACGAAUCUAUAAUCAUAGUUACUGCAAUGAUUGUCCAGGCUUAGUCUGGGAUCCAUGCGAUUGGUUUGUAUUGCCAUACAUCAACAUGUAUGACCUUCGACUGUUAAAUGGACACAAUUUACCCCUCAAUAGUUGGAUCUGUUCAUCAUUUUUGUACAACCCAUUUUAAAUCAUUGUCAAUCAAAUACACACAAUAAAAAUACUUUAUCGUU